AUGCUCGUGUCUUUGCACCGCGACGCGCGCCAGCUUAAUGUAGCAACCCUCUCGGCCUACGACCCUGCCACGUCGGCCGUAUAUAUCCUCGACCUCCCGCCGUCGUUGUUGCACGAGCACCUCUCUCUGCCAGCGUCGGCGUCGAUGGCCAUGACGCUGAGCGUCCUUGCUCCGCGGCUGCAGUUGGUGCCGCCCAGUACACUGCGACUCUCGGUCAAGCCAGUGACAUACCGGUGCGGUGAGCGGGUCUACUUUGGCGUCCGGUGCUUUACCCCCGCUUUGGUCGGCGCGCCGCCUGCGUCGCCCGCCGUAUACCGCAUGAUUGUCGAGGCGCACCGCACGAAGGGGCUCGUCACGCUACGGAUUUACAACCCCUGGGACUCGUUUGUGUGGCAGAGAGUGCAACAUUGGCCGUCGAUCACCGACGUGAUGGCGUACCUGGAGCGACUCUAUGUGGUUGCGACGAAUAUGCAGGCUGGCUACACACUCGCGACGACCGACGACGUCACGGCAGCGGCCAAGUGCCUCGUGGCGCACGCCUGCCAACGCCACUACCGGCGCCGUCUCGGCCUGCGUCGCGCGGUGCAGCACGCUCGCGACCAGUGGGUGCGCGUGCAGGUGCGCAACACAUAUGAGUAUGUCCACCGCAUCUUGGGGUGGUGGCGACCGUCGUCGCCCAAGUUACUGACAAUCUUUCCAUCAUCGUCCUCGACGCCAACACACAGCAUGGUCGAGUACCAGCACAUUCGCAACACGAUCCAGAGUGUCUGUGACGGGCCGUACUACGUGUACCCUCGGCGUGCGCGACUUGUGAGGCUGUCGCUCCCCGACGCCGCCGUCGUGGUGCAAGUCUGGUUUCGCCACCAGAUGUAUAACCACGACCUUCGCCAGUGCGUGCGGGCGCUCGUACACAUGCAGCGCUUUGACAACCAAAAACCGCACCUGCCGAUCGCGGUCCACGAUCUCUCGACGCUACACGUGGCACUCGCUACGCAGCUGGGCCCGCUCGCGGCGCGGGCAGACGCGGCCUUGCUGUACGAGUAUGCAAUGCGGCUCUGUCUCUCGCAAGAGCGCAGCCUCGCGGACACCGCCCUUGUGCACUGCUGCGCCAGCGUCUUUUGGCUCGCGACCGAGACGGCACUGCACUGGCGGCGAUGCGCACACCUCCAACUGCAGCGCUACAGUCGACAUCUUGACCGGCCCGCCGUCGACGCGAUCGAGCACCUCUUUUACCAGACGACCUACCUGCAGCGACCGACGGACGAGCUCGUGCUCGCGAGCUUUGCCCUCUUUUUGGAGUUUGUCAGCCAUCGACCGGGUCGUGCGCUUGAUGUGUACAAGCAGGCGCUGGCUCGCUCGCCAUCGCCAAUGCUCUUGUUGGUGAACUAUGCUGCAUUUGAAAAGCGAUACCCCGCGCUGACGCCCGUGCCGACUCGGUGGACCGCCAAGCCGCUCGGUGCCGACGGCCUCGCAGUGCCAGCAUACUCAACACUGACGGUGACGCGGCGUCUCGAGGCGGCGGCGGCCGUGCUACAGCGUUGGCUUCGCAAGAGGCAUCACUGGUACCUCUUCUUCCCGACGUUGACUGAGGCGGUCUCGGCGCUUCAAGCCAACACCUUUGCCGAGAUUCGGUUCAUUGACGACCGGCACUCGCAUCGACGCAUGUUGGCCGCUGCUUUGCACAUUCAAUUCGUGCUGCACGAUGUCGACCGCGCCAAAGCGCUCUACCACACUCUCUUGACAAGGACCCCAAACGAACCUCUGAUUCACGCAGCCUUGCUCCUCGAUGCCUUUGCACAAAUGAAAUCGUCGCAUGCGUGGACGCUCAAGUUGCAGCAGCUGCGACGUCAGCACAGUGAUUGGUCCAUGCUCGAGAUGACGUCGCUGCGUUUUGCUGUCGUGACGCGACCGCACUCGUGUCUUGCGUGGCUCUACUAUGGACUUUACCGCCAGCUCUUUUGUGACGACGUCGACGUGGCCGAGCAACUCUUGUGCCGCGCUACGCGCCUUGCGUCAACGCCGAGCGAGACGGCGCAGAGCCAAGCGGUCUAUGUCCGUUUCCAGAGCCACCGCAUGCCCGGGGCACUCUCCGCAGGCCAAGGUCCGUCGCGAGGCUUGUAUUGGAGCCAGCACACACGCGCGAUUGCCCGCAUCGACGUCUGGUACCGCAUGGAGCACCACGUGGAGCGCCUCCCAGGCCAGAAUCGGCUGCGUCGGCAUUUUUUCUGGGUCCACGCACCGACGGGCCACCGAGUGUGGGAGCGACAGUUUGCGGUGACGGUGAUGCGUCACGUGCCGCCCGACGUUGCUGCGGCCAUCAACGAUAUCAUCACGCGGGAAAAGCUUCGCCUUGCCGUCGAUACGCUGCAGGUCCACAUCUCCGAGCCCACUUGCCACAGCCCGCGUCGGCUUCCUUGCGACACGCCGUAG